AUGCUUCGAGCAGCCUUCAAGCGCUACAUCCGUGCCGACCCUCUGCCCAACACGGGAAGCGUAGCGCGCGAUCUACUCGCCUCAGAGCGGACCUUUCUAGCCUGGACACGAAGCGGACUCGGGUUCAUCGCUUUGGGCAUCGCGCUGGAAAAGGUCGAAGCCUUUGCGGCGCUCAGUCCCUCCCUACUUCAUCUGUCAGACUCUCGAACGAAGGUUGCCGCCGGAGUAUUGGUUGGUACAGGAAGCUUGACCGUUGGACAUGGUACUCUACGCUACUUCUCGACCCUGAGACACAUUCAAAGUGGCAAGUUCGUCCCUAACACCGGGGGAAUCACCCUGAUGGCUAUCACCUCGAUUGCGAUAGCCUUUGCUGGUGCAGCGAUGGUUGUGGAGAACGAAGGCGCAAAAGAAAAGCUCAAGGCGACUUGA